AUGGGGGCCACAAAUACUGAGAAAGCUGAGUUAGAUUCCUAUCAACUCAAGAAUGUUGCACAGAAUUGGUGCAAGAUGUUGCAAGAUAGCCGAGUAUUGGGCGGAGUUCGGGUCACUUGGGAGAUGUUUAAGACUGACUUUAUAGAGAGGUUCUUUCCCAGAAAGAUGAGGGAGGCCAAGGUUGAGCAGUUUAUAAACCUGAAGCAGGGAUCCAUGAGAGCCAGGGAGUAUUCAUUGAAAAUUGUUAAAAUGUCCAGGUAUGCUACUUUCCUUAUAUCUAAAAGCAGGGAUGAGAUGAGCAGGUUCCUCACAGGAAUCGACCGAUAUUUGGAGGAGGAGUGUUGGUCUGCUAUGCUCCAUUAUACCAUGGACCUAUUAAGGUUGAUGGUUCAUGUCCAGCAGGUAGAGGAUAACCAUAAGAAGAGAGGUGUUCAUGAUGCUAGGAGGACUAAAUCUCAAGAUCAUACAGGUCCUAGUAAUGGAGGCAACAGAAACAAUUUAGGCGUCCGUGAGCAGCCCAAAUUUAUAAAGGGGCAAAAGAGUUCAGGGAAUUCUAACUUUCAGAGGAGUACAACACCUAGAGGAGGCAGACCCAAGACCAAGAAGGUAAAUGGAGGUGAGAUGCAGCCUCCCAGAAGGAAAUGUGCUAAGUCUGGCCGUGCUCAUAGUGGAGAGUGCAUAUAG